AUUAUUAAAAAAUACUCAUAAACUGAGUAAUUUGUUUUUAUUCAAAUAAUAAGAGGAGAGGUGAGAGGGUUUUUAUUUUAUUUUUACCAGUCAAAUUUAAUUUUUCUAUCUGUUCAAGUUUCUAUCUGUUUCUAGACUUGAAAAAAAUAUAUGAAUGAUAAUCAAAUUUCCAGACAACUCAAUCACCUGUUUGGAUUCUAAAUUAGAUCAUGUUUUUUAACAACUAGGAAAAUAACUAUUUUUCAUCAAUACUUGAUGGAUAGGUAAAUUCUAGUGAAACAAAUCAGAUAAAAAAUAUUUCAUCAAUUUUUGAUCACUAAUUUAUUACUAAUAAGUUUUCAUUUAGUAAAAUUUCAAGUACAUUACCACAUUGGAAUAAUAAUUAAAAUGACAAACAAAAUGGAGGAAGAAAAUGAGUAUGUGAUUAAAAACAUGUCCUAUGGUAGCACUGGUGCUUUGAAUGGCAUUGACGAGAUACGAAGAGAGAGUGAUGGAAUAGAUGGUGAAAAAAUAGACACCGUUACACCAGAGAUGGAUGCAAAUGAGAAACCAGUUCUGAAGAGAGAAGUAAUUAAAGAUGGGUUUGGGACAAUUUCUGUGACUGAUGGAGAAACAACACAUGAAACUAUAAUCCAUCGCUUCACUCUGACCAACCGGCGCGGGGUGUGUGUGCAAGUGAUCACAUACGGUGCGACCAUCACUUCAAUCAUGGUGCCUGAUAGAAAAGGAAACUUCGAUGAUAUUGUGCUCGGUUACGAGAACAUUGAAGGAUACAGAGAUGCCAGCAAUCCCUACUUUGGAGCCACAAUGGGCAGAGUGACAGGGAUAAUAGAAGAUGCUGCUUUCAAGGUAGCUGCAGAAGAAUUCGAUUUGUCACUCAACUUCAUUGGAGGCCACCACGUCAAUGGAGGUUUCAAAGGCUUUGACAAAGCCAUAUGGAAUGCCCACAUCCAAAAUAAUAAAAAGUUGAUUCUCAGCUACAUGAGUAAGGAUAGCGAAGAAGGAUUUCCAGGAGAUUUAAUCGUGAAUCGAAGUUUCGAACUGACAUCAAGAAAUGAGCUGAUCAUAGUCACCACAGCGACAUGCACUAAGCCCACUUUGAUCGAUGUGAGUACUCAUGUGGAUUGGAACUUAGCAUCGAAUUUAGCAGGCGCUAAAGAAAUUUACAAUCACUAUCUGAUGAUCAAUGCAGACCGUUAUGCUCAGAAAGACACAAAUUACAUGACAACAGGGAAACUGAAAAAAGUCACCGGCACUGUAUUUGAUUUGCGGAUCCCCCGUCUUCUUGGCAGGUUGAUACACAAAGUACCCGGUGGCGGAUAUGAUAAUUAUCUAAGUCUGACCAACAGCGAUUGUAAAAGCGUGUCUUUUGCAGCACGACUCACACAUGCUGGGUCUGGCAGGUACCUCGAGGUCCUAACUGAUCAACCAGGUCUAACAAUCUACACCGGCAACAAACUGUACGCUAAAGAAUGCUAUACUAUUGGUCAUCCGGAAUCUUUCUGGAGCUUCAAACCAAUCCUACCCAGUGACCAUGAAGUGAAGGUUCCAGAAAAUCUAGAUGAAGUAGAGAAUCUUCGAAACAGUCAACAAUCUGAUUUUGGAGGUGACCAUCAAGAUGUAGAGAAUAAAGUUGAGAAAGUUGAGGAGAGAAACACAGUUGAAUCUCUGGAAAAUAAAAAAUCUCUAGUAGAAGACAUAAAAGAGGACAUUGACAAAGAGAUCGGUGAUAGCAAUGAAGCUCCAACUGAAGAGAACGAUACAGCGGAAAUUAAAGAGCAGACUCCUCCAAUGAAAGGUAAAAUGGGUGUCAUCUAUGAAAGACAUGGAGGUAUUCGACUUGUACCUCACAGCUGUGCAGCGAUAUACUUGAAAAAGGGAAAACAAGAUAGGCUCAUACUAGAACCAGGAAAGGAAUACACAAGUACAACAAUUUUUAAAUUUGGCGUUGUGUCUGAGAAAAAACCUAUUUUGACUGAAAUUGUGUGAGAAAUUUUGAAAUUGAAUAAAAUUAUGAAACAUUCUAUGAUUUCAA